AUGCCAGUUAUCUGGAACGAUGCGGCUAGGGCCAAGCUCUUGAUGGCCAUCGUGAAGACAAGCGGAGGGAAGAUUGACUAUAAGGGCAUCGUCGAGUUUAUGGGCCCCGAGUAUAAUGCGAAGUGCAUUCAGAACCAAAUCCAAUUCAUCAAGAACAAGGCCAAUGGAGACAAGGCUCCCGGCUCUACUCCUUCCACGCCAACAAAGGGUGAAAAGAAGGGCAACUCCGCUGCUGGCUCCGUCAAAACUCCAACUAAAUCUCCAGCAUCUGCCAAACGCGGGCACGAGCAAGCUGUCGGUCCCGAGUCUGAAACUACCAUUAACACCCCAAGCCCCGCCAACAACCGUCGCACCAAGAAGUUGAAGACUGAAUGCAAGAAAGAGAUUAAGAAGGAGAUCAAGUCUGAAGAGAACCCUCUCUAA